AAGGGAGCGGGCGCAGAGGGAAGCCGCAGGCCCGCCCCUGUGUGCUCCUGUUCCCGCAGAUUUACGCGCUGGGCCUCCGUCCUCUGAGCGUGGCCCAUGUGUCUGCGCGGUGAGGGCUGGGUUCUGGUCUCUCUGCCACUGACCUGCUGAGUGACCUUAGCAAGCCAUUUACCGUCUCUGGCCUCACUUUAUUCCCUCCACGCGUCCGCCUGGCGCUUGCGUUUCUGAGCGCCCGAGCGCCAGGGUCUCGGGUGGGAGCAGGUGGGCGUCCCCGCGCACAGGGUGGGGCCGGGAGGCACUCGCUGGGACGCGUGUCUCCGCCUGAGUAUCUAGAACGUGCUAGAGUGACUGAAACAAAGCGUUCACAGGUGGAAGUUCCCUGUCACCCAGAUUCCUCGCCUAGGAGGCCACUGAGGCUGGGAAAGCAGGACGCCUGGGUUUGGGAAGAAAAUUGGCUUAAUCCACCCCUCCCUUUUGGGCCCACAUUCCUGAGCCCUUCGGUGGCAAGAAUGAAGAAAUUUAAGUGCAGUUAAUAAUUAAUCCCUAAGAGCCCUGAGAGGCCCAGGUGUGGGCGCAGCCCGCAGCAGGGACACCGCCCUGGUCCCCACUUCCCUCUCCCUGUCUCUCUGUGGGGCCAGCACCACCUCCUUAGGCCUGGAGACUUGGGGAGGGCGCGGCACAGGUCCAGGACAGGGGACCACCCUCUGUUCUCCCCAGAGCCAUGGCUGGGACUGCCGGGGUCCCAAGGGCCCCACUGGGAGAACUGGAAAAUCCAGCCGCCAGAUGGCCUCCCGCUCCCGGAAGCCGUGCCCAGGGUGGGGUGGAGGAGCCACGGCGCUUCAAGGCGUCUCCCAUCCCGGAAGCCAGGUGGCCACGAUGGGGUCCAGGCUGCCUCUCGUCCUCCUCCUGACCCUCCUCGGCGGCUCGUGUGGAGCAGGGCCAGGCAUGACUUUGCAACUGAAGCUGAAGGAGUCUUUUGUGGCAAAUUUUUCCUAUGAGUCCGGCUUCCUAGAAUUGCUGAAAAAGUUCUGCCUCCUCCUCCAUCUGCCAUCGGGCACCAACGUCACCCUCCACCACGUGGGACCCCCACACCAUGUCAUCUGCAGCACCUGAGAGCCGUUGAAGACUGUGCCCCUGGUGGCCAGGGCCUUUGGCCCCUGGGGUGCAGGGGGCAUGCCCUGACCCAUCUUCCAGGGUGGCCUCACCAUGUCGAGCGGCAAUAAAUACCGUGUCCUGAA